GAAUGACUCUGAGCUGGCAAUGCUGCUCGGAUCGUUACCCGGAUCAGAAAUCAGUAUUUCGUGUUCAGUUUGUUUGUGGACUUAGAGCUAGCCGAACGUGUUUCUGCUCUGUAAAGAAAGAAAGAAAGAAACGAGGAAAACGAGAUUAAGAACGAUCCGCAAGAUACAGUGAAAGUGUGCCGACACAGAUACGGAUACCUGGAGAGAUAGCUAUCUUACAAGAGCGACAUAACAUCUAUAAAAGCCAACCAUGGAGGGCCUGCCGCGUGCAUUAAACUACGAACUGUCGCACGAUCUGCAUUUUGAUCAUUACGCCGGCGCCGCCGCCCAACAGAUCCUCACCAGUGGACGCAGUUCACCCGUUGUAGAGGCCUCAUCCACACCCACAAUCAGCACGCUAGACGCACUGGCCAAUAGUGACUUUCUUAAGCAAAUUGGAGCUCAGAUUCUAAGCUCCAUUCAACUGAAACAUCAUCUGCCUGCUAGAAACAUCUCCAGCUCCAGCUCACGGAACGCGGAAGAGAUCAUGGAUUUUGAUCUGGCCAAUCGUGUGGUGCUGGACAGCAGUAGUGUGGAUCAAUUGCAGCAACAGUUGGAGUAUGACAAAUUCAUGAAUGAAGUAUGGAUUGGCAUCGUCUUUACCCUCAUCCUCAUCUCCAUGGUUUUCUGCAUUUGCUCCUGCUUCCUGUACCAUCAGUUCCGAACCUGGAAACGUAAUUAUCGCAACAAUGCAAAUGGCUCGGCGCAGUGCACCAUAGUGGAUAUUGAGGCAUUGAAGCUGCAUCCGGAGGCCGAGGAUCCGGUGCCGGAGUACACUCUAGUAUCGGGAUUACCCAGCUACGAAGCAGCCCUCGAAUUGCUGCAAAAGUCACCGCAGUCAUCGUGCCUGAUUGUCUAUCCAAGUGUGUUCAAUGUGUUCAAUAAGCAGGAAAGGAGCAGCAGCAAUAACAUCCAAGAGUUGUCUGCUCAGUCUCCUCCAACCGUUGAGAGCUUGGUUAGCCAGCAAACACCUUCUCCACAGUUGUGUGAGGUCACAAUGCCGCUGCUGCCAGCCACUCCAGCAACUGCAACAUCAGCAACAUCAGCAACAGCAACAGCAGCAGCAACAGUCGCAGCAACAUCGCCCACGUGCGAGACUAAACCCAACUUUGUGUUGAUGCCAAUUGUGCCCAGUUACGCGGAGGUAUUUGGCAGCUCCUACAAAACAGUUGAUGAGAAAAAGAAAGCCAAGGCGAAAGAUGGCCAGCUGAAAGAUGAUGUCAAGCGGUGAAGCCCACCCACCAUCUCAUGGAUACACGAGCCCAACUGUGAUAUUUUCGUUUAUUCAUGCUGGCAAGAUACAUGCAUUAAACUAAGCGCUGUGAUUAUCAAAAGACGUUACUAAUAAUCGACAAACAAAUUGUACUUAAUGGUAACACUGAUUCCCAUAUUGUCAUUAGAGUUAAGUAGGCCACAC